AUGAUCACCGCCGCGAGCUUUCUGCCCCCCUCGGCACCCAACCCCAAGCCGUGGCACCGCGUCCCCGUGCCCGCUGCCAACCCUCGCUUGGGCGAGCGCAAGAUCUGGAAGCGCUUCGGCCUCCUCUGCCCGCCGUCCAACGACACCACCGCGCUCGCGGAGCUCCAGAGCCAGGGGCACGGCUCGAGGAAACGCGCCAGGACAGGAGGCUUUGUGCGCGCGUGGGGAGACGCCAGCUGGGACGUCGCGGGGAUGGGACACGUGCCGGACGGCAAGUGGGAUCUGGUAGAGGCGAGAGUGUCCGUUACCGCUGCGAAGGAGGCUGCGAAGAGGCCUGUGAUCUAUAGGACGAAGCGAGGGUCGUUUGACGGGGAGACGCUCGCGUGGGUCCCGAGGAAGAGGCACAAUACGCGCUGGCCGAUCGAGCAGCCCAAGAAGACGGGCCCCAUGCUGGCGGAGCUGCAGCCUUUGGUUGAGUUUGAGGUGCCGACUGCUGAUAUGGAGAGCAAGAUUGUGGAGCCAAUUGCCGAGCCGGUGGACAAUAAACAGAUGCGAAGACGGUCGACAAGACGCCUGAGCAGACGGUUGUCUCUGGCGCCGAUUGAGGAGAGCCUCGACGAGGCCCCGGUUGCUGGUUCACCUGUCAAGGCUACGCCGUACUACUCUUCGCCGCUGAAGAGAUCUACUCUACGACACUUGUCGCCGACCAAGGUCUCGAUGUCUCCGGUGAAGGAGUUCACAAUCUCUGCGACGCCUUCAAAGGUUAUGAUUGGCAGGCCUGACUUUAGGAUCAUGUCUCCUAUGAAGUCUCCCAUGAAGGGCAGUAGUUUGGAAUCGAUUGCCGAGGGGGAGAAUACCAGUACAGGCUCCUCAAUUGACGAGGAACAGACAUUACCAGCCACUACAGGUGUAUUGCCCCCUGUCCUUUUUGAUCAACCUCAACCAGAUGUCGUGACCGAGCCGCAAUACGAAACGAGGCGGCGCGCCUCUUUGCACAACGCGAGGCGCAGCGGGCGACGCUCUAGUGGCGUGGAGAGGCUUCUCAACUUUGAGACACACAAGGCUCCAAACCGCCGGCAUAGCUUCAUGCCUCAGGAUAUUGCCCAGAACGACGUGAAAGGCAGGAGGCAUACUCUCGAUGUUUUCAGCGUCGGUGCAGACCAGAUUACGGUUCAGGUCACCUCGCCGGAAGAAGAGAAGCAGAGCGAGACCGGGCCAGAGCCAGCUAUCAGCGAAGUAACCACUACUUCUUCGGCCUGCGCGCAAGACGUGGCAGUUGAUGUUGAUGUCCGCACAAACCUUGAUAUCUUCGGCAAUUCGCCGGUGAUGCAGACGAAUUCGCCAAAGCGUGCCACGGAUUCAAUCGCCGAGAGAAUGGCAAGCUCGCCAAUCAAAGCGAAAUCAGCCGCAUCAUCGUCCAGGGACCAGGAUAAAGAAACUUUCGACUGUGAAAAACUGGGGAAUCUCGGUGGCAUUCCAGAUGCUUUGGGCAUCAGCCACGAGGCACCCAGCCGUUUGGCGGCAUCUGACCAGGCAGCCACCACAUCCUUUGUUGAUAGCCACCCACAACAAACUUUAUCACCCUUUGAGAAACCACACGAAUCUGGAACAGCUGAUAUCGCUCUCGAGAGCUCGACAUCUGCACCCUUACCAACACCCGAUUCACUUGUUGACCAGCAGCAAGACGCCACUGCUGGUAUGAGUGAGCACACUCCUGAACCUAUUUUGAUAUCCGACAAAGUUGUGUCUGUCUCCCCUCAAUCUAGUCUCACGGAUGACGACAAAGAAAUCGACUUGGCCGUCUCGCGCGAUGAAGGCUCAGCUGCUGCAUUUGCACUGACAGACGGAGAUUCUGCCAGCGAGGAGGAUGACACCAUGUCUGAUAUCAACCCCGACGAGGAUAUCUCAACUGCCUUGCGCGUCGACGCGUAUGAGCCUACUGUAGCCAUGGAUCUGGACAUGACGGGACAGACGAACGACGUUCAAAUGGAGGACACCAUAGAUGCUGCGCAUGACUCGUUCAUGGUGACCCUCAAGUAUGAUGCGGACUCGGAAAUGGCAGUCAGUGUCUGCAAGGGGGAGCAGAUAACCCUUCCUGGAACGCCACCGCAAGAAAAUACUACGUCACCAACCGCGCGGGAAGGAACUGGACUUGGCCACAAUGAAGCUGUACCCGAGACUCCGCAAGCUGAAAGCCCAGGCUUCAAGCCGAUCAAUGGUCGCCAACGAUCAGUCUCCAAGUCACCUUCUCCGCCUAUCCAGGAAGUCUUGGAGCAAGAAGAGGAAGAUGACAUCGACAUAGGCAUGGGUGAGGCAGAUGACCUUAUCGAUGAAGAUGUGACCAUGACUGUCGAGUUGGAAGUCGAAGCUCCCCUCGAGGAAUCGACCCGUCUGAGCCUUCACGAAGACUCCGAGACCGAAAUGCUACGCAAGUUUGUCACACGCGUGAAGGCCGAUAAGGACGCCAAAGCGGCGGCUGCUGCCAGAGCUAAGUCGCGACCCAAGCGAAGAUCGGGAUCGACCGGCUCAAUCACCUCGGCAACUGGCUCACCAAUCCCUAAGAUGGAUUCAUUGACAGUUCUGCCAAGUCAGCGCCGGCCAUUGGGGGCGAAAGAUCUAAACCAAAGUCCUAGCCCUGGCAAGAAGCGAAAGCCUCGUGAGGCGGUGGAUAUCGACUUCUCAAAGGAGAAUGAUCGGCUUGCCAAACCAUCUCUGGAAGAUACGUCUCCCCCAAGACCGAAGAGGCGUAGAAAGAGAAUGGAGGUGGAGACUGAUUCCGUGUUCAAUCCGGAGAUGGAUCCCACUCAAGACCUGACAGAGAAGGGCUCAGUGCGACGAUCAACACGCACUCGGCAGACUCGCAUUCCUCUCAAGCCUACAGCUCCCUCUGCUAAUGGCGCAUUAUCGCUGAUUCCUGUACGACUACCGGGAUCGUCGGGGAUGAUGCAGGAUCUGGACAUUGGGCCUGUCAGCGGUCUCAAUCUGGCCUCACGUCAUCGCAACGAAGAAAAGGACCUGGCUACCGUCACGCGUGUCAAUACACGGAAGAACAAGGGUAGCUCUGUUCCGCCUCGGGCGGUACUUGCCAUGCAGAUGGAUGAUCCUACCGCUUGGAAGAUGAGGGAAGUCAGAGCUGUCCAUGAUGCGCGAGAGGCUCGCUCUACUGCCGCAGGGGGAGGUGAAGGGGAUGCCCAAGUCAUUAAGGUCAAGAAGGGUGUGCGCUGGGACGAAACUCUGGCCAGAGUUCAGGGUGAAGACGGCACUGAGGUUGCUGUCUCGAAGACAGUGACGGUAGCCAAGAUCGAGGAGCCAGAAGUCGAAUUGAAUCCCCCGAAAGCGCUGGAGGUUGAGCUCCCUGAGCCAUCUGUUGUUGAGGACAAGGAACCUGUGGUGGAUACGUCGAAGGAGGCCGAGAAACUUGAGAAAGCUGACAAGAAGCCACCCGUGCGACGUACAAGAGCAUCGAAGCUUCAGCAACCAAAGGCCGUGACGAAGCCUUCUUCCAUACCUCCACGCCCCACAACCCCUGCCCCUGGCGCACAGCCAAAGCCUGUCGCGAAGACCGCUGCCACGGGAGGAUCGAUUGCGAAGUCCGACGAUAAUGUCAAUUGUGAUCCGGGGAUCGGAGCAGCUCCAGUGUGGGGUAGCUUGUCAAUGUCGACAAUGACGACUGUCACAGAAACACUCACUCUCCAGAGUCACAACCCACCAGUCCCGGCCAAGACUGUUUUGGGCAAGCUACGAUAUGUCGAGGCCGGACACAUUCCCGAAGCGAGCCCACACAACUUCCAUCUGCCAGACAUUACAGAGUUCCGCGAUGAGCGGCUCCUCCCUCUCCACGACAUGCGGCCAAUCCCGACGGUGGCCCAGCUACCUGGCGCCGUUGAUCAUGCCCAGCUAUAUACACAUGGAUUCACAGCCGUGAAUCACCCGGUCAGCCUCCAUUCGUCUCCUUACAGUGUCUCGUCAUGGAAAGAACCCGAGGUGCUGAGGGAGCACUACAUCCCGGAAACCGCGGAAAUGCUUAAGCAAAUCACGGGCUGCAAGACCGUCAUCACCGAAUCGCUCCUGCUCAGAUCUGCUGUCUGGACAGCGCAGGACGCUCUCGCCACGCACGCAGGCCACGGCGACGCGCCAAAGAGCGCCGCGGAGGAGGCCAAGGCGAAGGAGCUGUCCAAGCUCGAGACCGGCUUCCCACAGUUCAUCGGCUUCAACCCGACGCAGGGCGGCGCGAGCCCGGCGCCGAAGAUCCAUCUCGACUACGCACCCAACGGCGCGCGCACUCACAUCCGCAACUUCCACCCGGAUCUUGCCACCGCUGCAGCGGAUAUCAUCCGCGCCGAGGAUGCACUGCUCGCGUCCGGGAAGAGCCUCAAGGAGAGCUAUCGCGGCAGUGACGGCCCUCGCUGGGCGCUGUUCUCCAUCUGGCGGCCGCUGAAGACGGUAAGACGAGAUCCCCUGGCACUAGGCGACCAGCGGACGUUCAAGGCGGACGACUACGUGCCCGUCAACGUGAAGACGCCGUAUCUCGGCCGGCCAGGCACGGAGACGCAUGACUCGGAGAGCUACGUGGCGAGAUACUCGGAGGGCCACGAGUGGUACUGGGUCGAGGAGCAGAAGCCGGAGGAGGUACUUGUUGUGGGCCUGUUUGACAGUGAUAUGGAGAAGGAUGGCGGCAAGGCGUCUGGCGGAACGCUGCAUUCGAGCGUGGACUUGCCUGGGACGGAGAACGAGGAGGCGCGGGAGUCUCUGGAGUUACGUUGUUUGUGUAUUUGGUAA